AUGUAUAGACGUGUGAUAAUUGUAAUUUUUUUAUUUUAUGUAUUAACGACAGUUACGUCAUAUAAUUUAAAAAGACAAAAAAGAAUUGUUGGUGGUAGAACAGCUGCACCACCUCCUGUAGAUGAUCCAGUUGUUUAUGUGACGCGAAAUGAAAGACAAGCACGUAUUUAUGGUAUCCGAGAUCCAAAUAAAGGAUUUUAUGUAUUUCGUGGUAUUCGAUUUGGACUUCCUCCAGUAGGUCGUUAUCGAUUUCAAAGACCUAGACCUUUAUAUUUGAAAGGUGAUAUUAAUGCUACACAAUGGGGAUCUCCUUGUCCACAACCUAAUAAUAUUAACGGCCAAAAAAUCGAGGGAAGCGAAGAUUGUCUUUUUUUGAACGUAUUUACACCUAUGCUCCCAGAUUCCGGUGAUGGCUAUCCGGUAUUAAUUUGGAUUCAUGGGGGUGGUUUUAGAAGAGGUUCUGCUUGUCAGUAUGAUAUGAGAAACCUAAUUAAAAAAAAAUUAGUAGUUGUAUCUAUUCAAUAUAGAUUGGGUUCACUUGGAUUUUUAAGUCUCGGCACAAAGGAAUUACCAGGUAAUAAUGGUAUAUUCGAUAUGAUGUUGGCGGUUAAAUGGGUGAAAAAUCAUAUUGAAUAUUUUGGUGGAAAUCCGAAAAAAAUUAUAGCAUUUGGUCAUGGUACAGGAGCUAGUGCUGCUUUUAUGCUUGCAUUAUCCAAAUUAUCAAAAAAUACUUUUAGCGGAUUGAUCGCUAUGUCAGGUUCAAUUUUAUCUCAUUUUGCAUUUGACAAAAAUCCUGCGUCCACCGCACAAUAUAUCGCUUCGAAUAACGGAUGUCCUACGAACAAUACAGUUGAAAUGAUUCGUUGCCUUCAACAAAUACCAGUUGAUAAAUUGAUACAAGUUGAUUCUAACUUAGAAACUGUACGCUCUGCAAUUCAAGGUUUCAUAUCUAGUUUGUCAACUUUACUAGGCCCUGGUCCUGUAAUCGAAGGAAAUGAUGAUGGAAGAUUUCUUCCUAAUUUUAUCACGAACACACCGGAAAAUACUUUAAAAAUCGGAGAUUUUCCAUCCGUACCAUUAUUGAUUGGUGUUAUGAAUAAUGAAGUAGGAGGAGCAAUUUUUGGAGAUUACAAAACUGAAAUUGAAAAUAAAUUACGUACUGUUCCAAACUUUGUGAACGAGCAUCUUAUACCAACCUUACAAAACACUGUUUCAAAUUUUGGAAAUAUAUCCCGUUUUACACCUGAAUCUUUUAAUAAAUAUUUUAAUAUUUUUAAUACUAGAAAUAAUUCUGCUCAUAUUGCGAAAAUAGCGGAGGCUAUGGGAGAUUCUCUAUAUAAUGUUCCAGCUUUUCUUACGGCAAAUCAUUGGGCUAAAAAAUCCGAAUCGUUUUUGUAUAGUUUUGAUCAUAAAGAAACACGAAACUGUGGUAAAACUUUUUUAUCAGGAUUACCUAUAGUAAAAGCAAAACAUGCUUCAAAUGCUAUAAUAAGUCACGGCGAUGAUCUUGGAUACAUUUUCAAGGAAAAUACUAUUUCCGGUGAACCAUCGCAUUGUAUCGAAGAAUUAAAUGAAGAAAAUGAACGCGUAGAAAAUAUUUUCACAAAUUUAAUUGCUGAAUUUGCUAAAAGUGGAAAACCUAAUAUAACGUUUUUAUCUCAAAAUGAUACUUUAUUUCCAAACAUAUUUCCAAAGUUUUCCGAUGAAAUCAAUCCAUUCAUUAGUAUUACUUCAACACCUCGCAUAAUGGAACAAUUCAGAUACUGUGAAAUAGGUAUGUGGACGGGUCUUGCGAAACGAUUACAAUCUACUUCAUGUAAUUUUUUAAAAAAUACUGUGAAUAUUGUGGACAAUACUCAAAAAGUAAAGAAUACUGUUCAAAAUUAUGUAAAAAACGAGACAAAAAAUAUGAAUAUCAAUAAUUUAAUUAAAAUUAAAAAAUAUACUUCAAUAACAUUUUAGCAAGAAAGUACAUAAAUGAUUCAGAAAAAAAAUUUUAUUACAAAAUGGAAUAAUAUUAUAUCUAUAUUUGAUAUUAAGAAUGCGAUGAAAUAUAUAUAAUAAUAAUACAUA